UAUAUCUAUUCUAUUUCUCACGAAAUAACAAUUAAAGAAUUUUUUGUAAAACUUACAACUAGAGAAUUAUCUCCAGAUUGUAAUAUAGAUAUAAUAAACUCUGAGGCAAUAAAAUAUGUUGAGAUAAGCAAAGCACAGAAUGUGAUAGCAAAUCAA